AUGGACUCCCAUCACGACGCAUCUUUGAUUGGAACGGAUGGUCUGAUAGCUAUCUUGACAAUCAAGAACCUCUUACGUCUCUUGGGGCUUUGGGUGGUCUAUCGCUUAGCUCUGGCUCUGUACAAUAUUUCCCCCUUUCACCCGCUGUACCGUUUCCCGGGCCCCAGGCUGGCAGCAGCCUCCUUCAUCUACGAGUUUUGGUUCGACUUUGUUCUUCUAGGAAGAUAUAGCCAUGAGAUCAAGCGGAUGCAUGAUUUCUACGGGCCUAUCGUUCGGAUCAACCCCGAAGAGCUUCAUUGCAAUGAUCCUGACUUCACCGAGGAAAUCUAUCCCACUACUGGCAGGGUGCGAGACAAGCAGCAGCAUUAUCUCAAUACGGUGGCCGGCCCGCUGUCUCAGUCAUCGUUCGCCACCAUUGAUCAUGAGACACACCGCAUACGGCGGAGUGCCGUGAAUAGGUUCUUCUCACGAGCACAGAUGCUUAAGCUUGAGUCUGAAGUUCAUGAAUUUGCCCAACUUCUUUGUGACAAGCUGCUGCGCUCCAACAAGGCGCCGAUUCCCAUGAUCGAGGCAUACAACUGCUUCACAGCUGAUACCAUCUCUCAGUAUGCAUACGGCAGACCGCUUGGUUUCCUGGCUCAAGAAGACUGGCUGCCCAACUUCAAGGCUGCAUUUGAUUCCUUUACAAGCUCUUCGUACUUCUUCAGGUUCUUCCCUCCCGCUAGGAAUCUUGUGCACCUUGCCCCCUAUCUUGCCAAAUACGGGUCUGCUGAAGUCAAGCUACUCAUGACCGAAAUGACAGAAACCAUUCCCGGACACAUAAUUCGAGUUGCAAAGGAUCGGGGCCAUGGUAGGAUCUUCUCAGAUUUACUAGACUCCUCCCUUCCAGAAGAGGAGAAGUCAAUUUACCGCCUCUCAGGGGAAGGUUUCUCUCUCAAGGCAGCGGGAACUGAGACAACAGCGACUACCUUGACAGCCAUCACGUAUUACCUUCUUGCAGCGCCAGAGGUUGCGGCUCGGCUUCGGCAAGACUUGAAGGAUGUUGACCCCAAGAAGUUAUCGUGGACAACUCUUGAGAAGUAUCCCUACCUAUGGGCGGUCAUAAAUGAAGGCUUGCGCUUGACAUAUGGCCUAUCUCCGCGGUCGCCCAGGAUUGCACGAGACGAGGACCUGGUCUACCGCAAGGGGCAAUAUCAAUACAUCAUCCCAAGAGGAUACGCUAUUGGCAUGAGUUCUGUCAUCAACCAUCACAACGAAGAGAUAUUUCCAGACUCCGAGGAGUACAUACCAGAGCGAUGGUUGGAUGUUAACGGGCAGAAGAAGCACGGAAUGGAAAAGUACCUCAUGUCCUUUUCCAAAGGAAGCAGGCAGUGCCUGGGAAUGAACCUUGCACUGUGCGAGUUAUAUCUAGUGACAGCGGCUGUAACAUUGCGAGUACUGCCACAUAUGAAACUGUACGAGACCACGAUUGACGAUGUCAAGUAUGAUCAUGACCUCGUUACUUAUCAAACGAAAAAAGGGUCUAAGGGGAUCAGGGUUACGAUAUUGUGA